CGCCCGUGGGUUUUCCACGUCCAGUGUUGUCCUCUCCUCCACCGGGCGCAAGCCGGUCUACAUGUUUCCCGGUAUGAGCUGCACCGUGCAAGACUUGACCCAGCCAAAGACUACCCGACUUGGCAAGGAGUCGCUUACUUUGUCAAAAAAGGUGACAAUUAAAGGCCCAAGGGGCGAAUUGUCGCUUAUCGGACCGGAUUUCUUGAAGGUCGAGGUCGAGGACUCUGUCAUCCGUGUCAGUGUCCAGGAUGAGGACAUUAAAACACAAAAGACCUUCUGGGGAACCUUCAGAAAGCUCAUAUCCAACAACACCGUGGGCUGUUUUGAGGGUCACAAGUCGAUGUUGAAAUUGGUCGGGACCGGCUACAGAGCGUUUUUGGAGGAGAAGGACGGUAAGCCGUGGGUCGUGUUGAAGGUGGGUGCCUCCAUCAACCAGGGCUUGCCCGUGCCUGAGGGUGUCGUUGCCACCGUUCCAGUACCGAACAGAGUCUUCCUUGAGGGAAAUGACCUCCAGGUUGUGAAACAGUACGCGGCCAAGUUGAGAGCGUUCAGAAAGCCUGAGCCGUACAAGGGGAAGGGGAUCUACGUUGAUGACGAAACCAUCAAGAUCAAGGACAAGAAGGUGAAAUAGUUGAGCUAUUCAAGCAUUCUGUAUAUAGGUACAAACAAGACGUACACGAAAGAAAUGUAGGAGCUCCCAAAAUGC